UGCCUCUCCCUUCAUAUAAGCCGGGCUGCCUCCAGCCAGCUUUUGCACUCACACUACUCACUGGUCCAGAGCAAGUGAAGGCCAGCGGAGAAUGAGCCUGUUUUCCUCUGAGUCAGCAUGGCUCUGCUUAGCUGCCACUGCAGUGCUGGGGGGCAUGCUUCUCUGCAAAUCUCGGAGUCCAGGGCAGCUGCGGAGCCAGGUGGUGUGUCUUGCUGCCCUCUGGGGAGGUGCUUACCUGCUCAGCCUGUCCCUCCUUUGCAGCUUGUUCCUCUUAUCGGUGUCUUGCUUCCUCCUGUAUGUGCGUUCAUCUGACCAAGAUUUGUUACCUGUGGAUCAAAAGGCUGUGCUGGUGACAGGUGCUGAUUCCGGUUUCGGUCAUGGUUUGGCCAAGCACCUGGACAAGCUGGGUUUCACAGUGUUCGCUGGAGUGCUGGAUAAAGAGGGCCCGGGAGCAGAGGAAUUGAGAAAAAACUGCUCUGAGCGUCUUUUGGUGCUCCAGAUGGAUGUCACCAAGCCAGAGCAGAUAAAAGAUGCUUACAGCAAAGUCACAGAGAAGAUACAAGACCAAGGACUGUGGGCCUUAGUCAACAAUGCUGGGGUCUUCCAUUUACCAAUCGAUGCAGAACUCAUUCCCAUGACCAUCUUCAGAAAAUGCAUGGCCGUGAACUUCUUUGGGACUGUGGAGGUCACCAAGGUGUUUCUGCCUCUACUUAGAAAAUCCAAGGGGAGGCUGGUGAACAUCAGCAGUAUGGGAGGCUCGGUUCCACUUCAAAUGUUUUCAGCUUACAUCUCUACGAAGGCAGCUAUAACCAUGUUCUCAGCAGUCCUCAGACAGGAGCUUGACAAAUGGGGAAUCAAAGUUGUUACCAUCCAACCUGGGGGCUUCAGAACAAAUAUCACAGGUUCACAGGAGAGUUGGGAUAAAAUGGAGAAGGAAAUCCUGGACCACUUUCCCAAAGAGAUUCAGGAGAUCUACGGCCAGGACUAUGUCCAUGCACAGAAGCUCACACUCCCGGUCAUGCAAGAGAAGUCCAGCCAAGACAUCAGUCCUGUGCUGUGGGAUAUCCAGCAUGCCAUUUCUGCCAGGAACCCCUCUGCCUUUUAUUCCCCAGGGAGAAUGGCUUACCUGUGGAUCUGCUUUGCAGCCUAUUCCCCCACCAGCUUAUUGGACUAUCUUAUAAAAAGAAUUUUUCAUCCAGGACAGUUGCCAAGAGCUUUAAGGACAGCACGUUAGAAGAACAGGGCCCCAGUGGGGUAGGGCAUGUCACAUUCUUAAGAUGAAAGGGAAACCUCUUAUUAAACUAACUUUCUACCUCA